GAAGGCCAUGGCAGUGGCACCAUGCCACUGCCAUACUUGCAGGCACAGGUCGCUUUCUCUCUUUCUACUUUCUGGUCCUUUGCACGAAGGAAAAAGAGAAAAAUGAUUCCAAUCCCAUCCCUUAUCUGCCCCACACACCACACCAUCCCAUCAAAGCCAGCACACAACAUGCUGCCCCAGCCCCCAGCAGAGGCCUUCCUUGUUUCACCAACAGGGAGCAUCUCUUUCAUUUCUCCUUUCAUUUUUUUCUUUUUUUACUUUCACCAGUCUGUUCAUUAGGGUGAGAAACUCGGAAGAAAGUAGAGGAGAGCAGCGGCUCCUGUGUUCACUGCCUGCAAUGGUAGAAGAGGAAGAACUCCCAUUGGAAAGUACAUUACUGCACAGCCUUUUCAACAGUUGGACUCUGCAAGACCAGACAUUGACCAUUCUGUCUACAAGCAUCACAUUUAAGUAAUUUUAAGCCUUUUGCAUCAAGAGAAAACCACAACCAUGCAUGAAUGAUAGACACAGAUAAUGUUACAGCUUUUUUGAUACCUGAUAGGCUGACAGCUCGCAGUUUGAAGGCAUUUGGUGCUGACUGUCAAGUUUCCCUCCUCCAUGCUGCAGUCAAGAAACUUGUACCUUGGAAUUAGUAUAUUGCAACUUGGAGAGAAAUAGAGAGAGGGAGAUAAAUGCCCUCUGUUGAAGCACAAAGCCGAAGGUGACCGACCACCUGCCCUUUCAUUUCUUGUUCCUCUUGUCUCUUACAAGUAUAACCAACAGGGGAGUGGAGAGAAGACACUCUGAGUUUUGACAGUAAAAAUAAAAAUAAAAACCCAAGUCUGGUUUGAGGAGAUCAUGCAGCAGCACCUCAUGCAGAUGCAGCCUAUGAUGGCAGCUUACGCUUCCCCGAAUCAAGUCACCACUGAUAUCAUCCAGCAGUAUCUGGAUGAGAACAAGCAGUUGAUUCUGGCCAUUCUGGACAACCAAAAUGCAGGGAAAGCUGAAGAAUGUGCUGAAAACCAAGCAAAACUUCAAAGGAAUCUCAUGUACCUUGCUGCCAUUGCAGAUGGUCAACAAACUCCACCCCUUGCUCAGUUUCCUCCCAAUCAUAUGAUGCCAUCCAGCCCGCGAUACAUGCCGCACCAACAGACCCAGCAGAUGACUCCUCAGUCCCUUGCGGCUGCCCGAACCUCCUUGCUCUACGCACACUCGCCGAUAUCUUCUUUGCAGCAGCAGCAAGCAGCACUGCAUAGCCAGCUAGGUGUGAGCCCCGGAGGGAACACUGGUUUCAACAUCCUUCACGGUGAGGCCAGUGUUGGAUUCCCCAUUUUCAGCCACAGCAAUUCACUGAAGCAGGAAGCUGGCAGUGCAUUACCGACCGAGGGUCGCGGAGGAAACUCAGCAAGGCAGAGUGGAGACGGCACCGGCACCGUCACGGAAUCUUUGUACUUGAAGGGCUCCGAAGAGGAUGGCAACUAGUAAUCAGUAAAAACCAAAUGGAUGUUCAAUGAUCUUUGUACUGGAAAUGAUGUUGUGGGUGUUUGUUUGUUUUGAUGCAUAUUGCAUAUGCUGCCUCAAUCUCCAUUAGAUUCUUCGUUGACCUUGUUAGAUGUAUGCUGAGUGUGUUAAAAUUGAUCUUUGUGAUGCAGUGUGGAUU